UGAAGCGCGUCUCCUGACCCUGACAGCACAAGCACGAGAUGCCUGCAAACACCUGGCUGGAUUUCGCGGAGGCGGUCUGUUCUCCGUCUUCCUUUUACGCUCUGUCUCAGCGUUGCUUUUGCUAGGAACGCGACGUCCUGGAUGCGUUAUCUCCAGUGACGCUGAAGUGAAGCGCAGUUCGCUGAAGCCAUGUGAAGAGCGGACAUGUCUCUUGUCGGGAGCACCGGAGGCAAAACGCGAGUCCAGUAGAGGAACAGUGCUCGCACUUUAUUGGAGAGCAAAACAGAUCCUUCCAUGAGGAGACGAAGAGAGAAGAGAUGGUAGAGAAUGGCUGCACCUGACCUUCUUGACCCAAAGGCUGCCGCCCACAACUCCAAGCCUCGCCUGUCGUUUUCAACCAAACCAGUGGUGCUGAACACCCCAGAGGACGAGUGCGACACUCGGACUACAGUCAUGAGGUGGAAGACGGUAUCAGCUAUCUUUUUCCUGGUGGUGUUGUACCUCAUCAUCGGGGCAACAGUGUUCAGAGCACUUGAACAGCCUCACGAGAGCUCCCAGAAACUGGCCAUUCUUACUCAAAAGCUGGACUUCUUGGUUGCGCACGCAUGUGUAAACUCCUCGGAGCUGGAAGAGCUGGUCCGGCAAGUGGUUAUAGCAAUUCGAGAAGGUGUGAACCCUUCAGGAAAUUCAUCCAAUCAGACGAGCCUCUGGGACAUGAGUUCCUCCUUUUUCUUCGCUGGGACUGUUAUCACCACCAUCGGAUUUGGGAACAUCUCUCCUCACACAGAAGGUGGGCGGAUCUUCUGUAUAAUCUAUGCCCUGCUGGGGAUUCCCCUAUUUGGAUUCUUACUGGCUGGUGUCGGGGACCAGUUGGGAACUAUUUUUGGGAAGGGCAUCGCCAAAGUAGAGAAGAUGAUCGUGAAGUGGAAAGUCAGCCAGACAAAGAUUCGCGUCAUCUCCACGCUGCUCUUCAUCCUGUUCGGGUGCCUCAUCUUUGUGGCCCUGCCAGCCGUCAUCUUCAAGCACAUCGAAGAUUGGAGCACUCUCGAGUCCAUCUACUUUGUCGUCAUCACACUCACCACUAUCGGCUUUGGAGACUUUGUCGCUGGAGAAAAAGGUGGGUUCGAGAAACCAGAAUACCUUGAUUACUAUAAACCCGUGGUGCUCUUCUGGAUUUUGGUGGGCUUGGCGUACUUUGCUGCAGUACUAAGUAUGAUCGGAGACUGGUUUCGGGUUAUCUCCAAGAAAACUAAAGAAGAGGUUGGGGAGUUUCGUGCACAUGCAGCAGAAUGGACUGCAAAUGUGUCAGCAGAGUUCAAAGAGACCCGCAGGCGACUCAGUGUUGACAUUUAUGACAAGUUUCAGCGUGCUGCAUCCAUCAAGCGCAAGCUGUCAUCUGAGCUGGGUAUUAAUGCGUCCAUCAACCAGGAAAUGACCCCUGGCAAGAGGACGCUGUCAGCUAACUUUUGUGAGGACAGAGAGGGUUAUCCCACAGUGAAUCUUUCCCUCAGUCCUCUCCCGGGGGCCCUGGCGAGGAACGGCAGCCUUUAUCUAAACGGCCUCAGUCCAGAAUACGCCGACCGACAGGAGAUCGCCAUCAUCGAAAACCUCAAAUGAGGAGCAGCGUGAAUAAUAAGAUUUGGGGAGCUGUGUAAAAUACAUCUAGCCACUGACAGAGAUUACAGAUACAAACAUGCUUUUGUGUUCAUUCACAGAGCAUCGCUGAUGACAUACCCAAACACAUUUGUUAAGUAGACUGUGUUCCAACCAUCCCAUAAAUCAGUCAUGAAGCCAUGUACCUUCAUGUGUGUGAGCCUCAC